AAGAAGAAGCGUGCUGCACGUCAGAAUUCGAAUGUAUUCGCCAUGUUUGACCAAAAGCAGAUUGGCGAAUUCAAAGAAGCAUUUUCCCUGAUUGAUCAUGAUAACGAUGGCUUUUUGGACAAGGAGGAUAUCAAAGAUAUGCUUGCUUCUUUGGGUCAAAAUCCAACGAAUGAGUAUAUUGAUAGUAUGACCAGUGAAGCACCUGGAAGUAUUAAUUUUACAAUGUUUCUGACUCUGAUGGGAGAAAAAAUGAGUGGGACCGAUCCCGAGGAGGAUAUUUUACAAGCAUUCGAAUGUUUCGACGAAGGAAAAACUGGAUUUAUUAAUGCCGAAGUGUUGCGUGAAGCCAUGACUACCAUGGGGGAUCGCUUUACCGAUGAUGAGGUUGAUAUUAUGUACAAGGGUGCUCCAGUUGGUCGAAAUGAUGGCUUCAACUAUCGCGAAUUUGUCAAUGUGCUCAAGCAUGGCGAAUAA